AGCUCCUGCGGUCAGCUGAUAAAAGUCGGUGGUUGAACAACAACAAGCCCGACUGCUCAGUCAUCGCCGUGCCCGUGAUAUUGUACUUCUCCCGGCUGGCACGAUGAGGAUUUUGUUCCUGUUUGUUUUCGCGGCGCUAGCCCUGACGAACGACGCACUUGUUCGAAUUCCCUUAAAGAAGUUCCGUUCCAUCAGACGUGAGUUGACAGACUCGGGGAGAAGAGCAGAGGAGCUUCUGGCAGACAAGCACUCCCUUAAGUACAACUUUGGCUUCCCUUCCAGUAAUGGACCCACUCCAGAAACCCUGAAGAACUACCUUGACGCCCAGUAUUACGGCGAGAUUGGCCUGGGUUCCCCUCCUCAGCCCUUCACUGUGGUGUUUGACACAGGUUCCUCCAACCUGUGGGUGCCCUCCGUUCACUGCUCCCUCUUAGACAUUGCAUGCUUGCUUCACCACAAAUAUAACUCUGCCAAGUCCAGCACGUACGUGAAGAACGGCACUGCCUUUGCCAUCCAGUAUGGAACUGGCAGUUUGUCGGGCUACCUCAGUCAGGACACAUGCACAAUUGGAGACAUAUCGGUGGAAAAGCAGCUUUUCGGCGAGGCCAUCAAGCAGCCCGGUGUGGCCUUCAUCGCAGCCAAGUUUGAUGGCAUCCUCGGCAUGGCCUACCCACGCAUCUCUGUGGACGGGGUGGUUCCGGUCUUUGACAACAUCAUGAGCCAGAAGAAGGUGGAGCAGAACGUCUUCUCCUUCUACCUGAACAGGAACCCGGACACCGAGCCCGGCGGUGAGCUGCUGCUGGGAGGAACCGACCCCACAUACUACAGCGGUGACUUCAACUACGUCAACAUCACCCGGCAGGCUUACUGGCAGAUCCACAUGGACGGGAUGACAGUGGGCACCCAGCUGAGCCUCUGUAAGAGCGGCUGUGAAGCCAUCGUGGACACCGGGACGUCUCUGAUCACCGGCCCCUCCGCGGAGGUCAAGGCCCUGCAGAAGGCCAUCGGAGCCCUUCCACUCAUCCAGGGAGAGUACAUGGUGAGCUGUGACAAGGUCCCAUCGCUGCCUGUCAUCACCUUCAACGUGGGCGGUCAGUCCUACACGCUGACCGGAGAGCAGUAUAUCCUCAAGGUAAGUCAGGCUGGAAAGACCAUGUGUCUGAGCGGCUUCAUGGGUCUGGACAUCCCCGCCCCCGCCGGGCCCCUGUGGAUUCUGGGAGAUGUAUUCAUCGGCCAGUACUACACUGUCUUUGAUCGAGAGAACAACAGGGUGGGCUUUGCCAAGGCCAAAUAAGCACAUCCUGCGCUAGAGCAACAUGUUCAAGUGCAAAGCUAAAAAAAAAAAAACCCAAGUAACACAGAUCCAAAUCUGUGCCGCACACGUUUUCUGUUGCUUUGCAAUCAAACAGUAUUUAGCAAUAGAUUUUGUGUAUAGCCUGAAUGCACUGAUUUUUGAAGAAUUUGUACGAUUUCCAGCAGUUUGUGAAACAGAUAGAUUUGAUGGGUCGUACGUGAUCAGGGAUCAGUUGAUUUGUAUCGGUACUGCCCGUUUUAAGCAUCCAAGUGAUCUUUCUUUUAAAAUCAGGGAUUUGUUUUAAACACUUAAUUUGCGUUUUUAGGAGGAAGUCGUUCCUCUACUACUGACUUUGAGAUGUAUCUCUGUGAUUGGCCUGAAUAAACAGUUUUUAAAAGAA